CCCCGUCGCAGCGAUGCUGCCUCUCCUCGGCCUCGCUGUGUCGCUGCAGCCGGCUCUAAGGCCGCCGCCUCUACUGCGGCCGCCUCCGCCGCUGCGGCCGCCUCCGCUGCUGCGGCUGGGUACCGGCGACGCCGCUGCCGAGACGGCGGCGACGGGAGCGGCGGCCGACACCCGUGCUGGCGCUGGCGGCGGCGGUGCGUGCGUCGCCUCGACCGGCGCCGCCUCGAGCGCCGCGGCUUCCGCCGUUGCGCCGUCCGGGCCGCCGCCGCCGCAGCAGGCUGCAGCAGCCUCAGCGUCGGCGGCGGCGGGAACGCCGUCGCCGUGGUCGAUUUUGCGCGGCGUGCUGCAGUGCGACAGCUGGCACGAGUUCACGGUGCAGAUGCGGGAAGAGUACGGCGACGUGCUCAAGGUCGACCUGUGGCCCGUGCUGCCGCCCAUCUACUUUCUGAUGGGCAAGGCGGCCAACCGCGCCGUCCUGUCCGACCUGGACGCCAGCCUGCAGCAGAUCCUGCAGGAGCUCAUCAACGUGCUUCCCGUGUCGGCACGGAUCCCAAAGGAGGAGGACGUGCAGCUGCAGAAGAAGGUGGCCACCCUCUUCCAGAGCGGCGCCGUCAUCGACUCCCUCCUCCCCUCCUUCCGCACCACCGCCCGCGGCGUGCGCGAGCGGUGGAUGCGCCGGCCGGCGCCGUCGCGGCCGCUGCUCGUCUUCUUCGAGCUGUCGGAGUUUGUGCUCCGCGCCGACCUCGAGCUGCUCUACGGCCGCCGCUUCAGCGAGACCCACGCGCCCCUCCUCCUCCCCCGCUUCACCCAGUGGGUCGAGAACAUUGCAAACGGCCAGCUCGUCGGCUUCUUUGACGAGCUCGGCAGGUGCCUCCGCGAAGAGAUCGCGGAGCGGCAGGCGCACCCGCAGCGCUACGCGGGCGAGCAGUCGGUGAUGCACAUCUACCUGCAGGCGGGCGCGCUCGAAAAGAGCAGCGAGGAGGACGUGGUGGGACUGCUGACGAUGACACUCAUGGCGGCGGUCUUCAACACGCAGGUCUCGCUUGCGUGGAUCCUCGCGCACCUGUAUUCGCAGCCCGAGCUGCUGCGGCGUGCGCGCGCCGAGCUGGCCGCCUGCUCGGGCGAGCCGAGCUACGCCGAGCUGAGCAGCCUCCCCUUCCUCAACGCGUGCAUCGACGAGUCUGUGCGGCUGCACACGAUGCUGCCCGGCAACACGGUGCUGCGCAAGGCGGCGCGCGACGUGCGGUUUGGCGAGGUCACCAUCCCGCGAGGCUCGGUGCUCUGGCUCUACCCGAACGCCGUGCACCAGGACGGCGCCUAUUUCGCCGAGCCCGCCUCCUUUUGCCCGAUGCGGUUCCUGCGCGGCGACGCGCUGCGCAAGCAGAGCGAGGCGUUCGAGCUGGUCACCUUUGGCCACGGCGCGAAGCGCUGCAUCGGCGAGAAGAUGGCACGAGCCAUGAUGACCUCCUUCCUCGCCGAGGUGCUGCCCCUCGUCGACGCGGACCCGCCCCCCGCCCUGCCGGCCGACGACAACCUCUUCGAUCUUAUCCCCGCGAGCAAGCUCGAGCUGCGCAACGUGCGCGCCGCUGUGCCCGCCGCCGCGCCGUCAGACCGCGCCGCCGCCGCAGCAGCAGCAGCCGCUGCGGCGGCCGCGGCAGCGGCGGCAGCGGCGAGAGGCUGAGUCUGCUGUGAGCGGAUGCCGCCGACGCGGGCGCUAGCUCCGGCAGCCGGCCGGGGCCGCUCGGGACGCCAGGGCGGCAGGAGAGCCAGAGGGGGGGGCGGGGGAGAGCCCAGCUGGGAGAGCCGCGCAGGGCGCGGGGCUCGGCGGCGGCCCGGCGGGGGCCGCCCGUCACCACAGUUAUGACAAACACCGGCUGACGUACUCGCCGUGAAAGUGAACGCCGUCUGGAGUAUUUACCUACGAUCGCAUGUGUUUCUACGGGGUUUACAUGCAGUGCUUGUGGCU